UGCAAAACAAAAAAAAAUUACAUAACCUAAAUCUUGGCCACAUCUUGUUUUCAAGUUAAACUAGGUUAGAUAUACCGUUAUAAUUUAUGAAUUAUUCUCAACCUACCAGUUUCUCGUUUGAAUAUGGUGUACACGGAAGAAUAUAUUAAAGAAAAGUUAACAAAGGAGCUGGACGCGGUUCAUGUUGAAGUCGUCGAUGAAAGUGACGGCUGCGGGGCUAAGUUCUCCGUCGUGAUCGUCUCUGAUAAGUUCCAGGGGAAACCGCUGUUGGCGCGGCAUAGGCUCGUCAAUUCAGUUUUAGAAGAGGAGUUGAAGACAAUACACGCAUUCAGUCAGAAAACGCUCACAGUAGAACAAUGGAAGAAGUGAUUUAAUAUAUGUAAAUUGUAACGA